AUGCCUGAGCAUUUCAUUUUCGUUUUCGCCGGGGUUGCAUUUCUUAUUGAGUAUCUAAUGAAUGGGAAAGGCAUUGUUGGCCUUGGUGAACUUGAGUAUAGUUUGUUAGGUGGGUUGUCACUUGUUUGUGCUGCAGCUUGUUUCUUUCUUUCGAUUAGGCCAUCUGCAUACUUUGCAGAUUUUUUCUUGUCUUCUGGGCUUGUUUUGAAGGGUACUUGGGUUUUGCAAGUUGGAUUGUCGCUGUAUACAGAUGCUUUUGCAUUUAAGGGCUGUGGUAAAGUGGUGAUUGCUCCUGCUCAAGGUAAUACUGAUGUCAAAUGUGAUCUCGAGGAAGACAAAUUGAGGGGUAUGGCAUUAAUGAAUUUGUUGUUUGUUGGGCAUGCAAUUAUGGUAUUGAUAGUGUGCUUUGUACUAUUGGGAUUAUUGAGCCGUAAGAAGGUGAGGUCAAGUGAUCCUCCGAUGAUGGCUCAACUUGACUCUGACCGGAUGCUGAUGCACCCCCUUCCUCCACUUGAGAUGGAAUGA